UGUUAUGGAGAUGAAAAGGGUUCUAAUAAUACUCAUAUACUUAGCCGCGUGAAAAACCUCUCACGAGCAGUUUAUAACUGUAGUGAAGCCUGGAUGAAUUUUGGAAACGCUGAUUUAAUAUUAAAUGGGAGGAGAGGAUCCUGCAAGCAAAAUAAUUAUGAAAAGAGGAUUUUGGAUUCCUUCACGCAAAAUAAUUAUGAAAAGGAGGUUUUGAUUCGUAAAAAGAACAUUUCGACCAAACUUGUCGAAUUUGUCAUUGAUGAGUUUGAGACCUUUAUCGUGAAGAAAGUAACAAAAUUAACUUUAUUUUCAUUGUAG